AUGGGAAGUAUUAGCGGUCGUGAAGGAAGAACAUUCAACUUCUUGAAAGAUCAUUUUCUAGGGUUGCCGAGGGGAGCAAAACGCUUCUGGCUCAAGCUGAUGAAAGUGGCGUAUUACCAAGUAACUGGGAAAUUGUCGAAAAAGCGUGCUACUGAAAUAGCAUUCACGGCAUACCACAAAUUGCCCUUAAAGGAUUGUAAAGCACUCGAAGAUAGUGAGUUCGCAGACAUGACGGAUUUUAUGGGUUAG